AUGUCGAGCUCAUCAAUGAUAGCCCACACAUGGACUCUCUGCAAAAUUCUUCUUGGCGUGAAUGUACUCUUAAUUAUAUUCGACGGCUAUUUGUUCCUUCGCGUCUCAUCUUUAGAGCGCAGAUUACUCAUCUAUGAAGAUAGGUAUCCCGAGGUAGCUCCGACUGCAGCGAAACCAGAAUUUUCGGGGAAUGCUUUUCCUCGAAGUCGACGUUUCGUCAAUGACGAGCAGUGCAAGUGCCCUUCCGGCCCACCUGGUAAAAGAGGGCGGAGAGGUCGGAAUGGAGAGCCUGGUCCCGUAGGUCCCGCUGGUCCGCCGGGGAAACCAGGAUUCCCUGGUGCCAUAGGUAUGGACGGCCCCAAGGGCGAGCCGGGGAGCAAAGGAGACAAAGGAGAGGGCGCUGGAUUCAGUUUCACGAGUGGUAACGCAAAUAGUGACUCAAAUUCGAUUCCGCAAGGAGUGCCGUCCAUAACACCGCAGGACAUCAUCAUGAUCAAGGGAUCUCAAGGAGAACCAGGCGUUGCGGGUCCUCCUGGGCCUCCAGGUCCUCCAGGUUUGCCAGGUUUCGACGGCGGCACAGGACCUCCAGGCCCAACCGGACCUCCAGGGGAGCCAGGACCUCCGGGUCCACUGGGGGAGAAGGGCGAUCGUGGGGACAAGGGUGAACGAGGCCUAACUACAACACUGGACGGCAAUACCUUCCCGACUGGUUUCAUCGAAGGUCCUUCUGGACCACCGGGGCCGCCAGGUCCGGCCGGUCCGCCUGGCCGAAAGGGAGAUCAAGGGCUUCACGGCCCUCCUGGAACUGACGGUGCUAAGGGCGAUAAAGGAGAACGAGGAAUGCGAGGCAAACGAGGACCUCCGGGGUUGGACGGAAUGAAGAUCGCACAGAUAUUCUUGGAAGCCUUCCGUGUCCACCAGCUGCUGAACCCCAUUACGAUUUCUGAUGACGGUCAAUACUAUCACGUCCGCAGUCCGAAGCUCCUGAUUCCCAGGACGAGCUUCAGAGCAGUCUUCGAGAGAGAGCUUCGAGAUUUCUGUGCGACAGCGAUGGAGUUUCCGGCAGCCAUUUUGACCAUUUAUUGA